AGAUUGCAACCUGAUCACUGCAGUAUCAAACCACCUAUUUGAAUAACAUAAGCCUGUUUCUCUGCCAGUUGGCAAGUCUGAACUCUUUCACGACACAAACACAAUGUGUCCUCUGAAUGGCAGUGACUUUGCGGAGGACGUGGCGAGAGAUGAGAGUUUGGCCAAGCUGGAGAUCGCGCUCCUCAGUGUCAUCUUCAUCAGCGCCGCCAUCCUCAACGUCUCCCUGCUGCUCGUCCUCUGGAGAAAGCGCAAACAGAUGUCCAGGAUGCGCGUCUUCGUCUUCCACCUGUGCCUGGCGGAUCUGGUGGUCGCUUUCUUCCAGGUGUGCCCGCAGCUCAUGUGGGACAUCACAGACAGAUUCGUCGGACCAGACCUGGUGUGCCGCCUGGUGAAGUACCUGCAAGUUCUCGGCAUGUUUUCAUCCACUUACAUGAUCGUGGUGAUGACAGUUGACAGAUACCAAGCUGUCUGCAACCCGAUGGUGAAGUUCCAGCGGGCAAGCACGAGGCUUAACAUACCUGUGUGCAUGGCGUGGGGGGUUUCUCUGCUGGGCAGCUUGCCACAGGUUUUUAUUUUCUCUCGGGUCGAGGUUGCACGUGGUGUGUUUGACUGCUGGGCCACAUUUAUCCAUCCGUGGGGGCUACAGACUUACAUAACCUGGACCACUCUGGUCAUUUUUAUUUUACCUGUUAUUACAGUUGUUUUUUGUCAAGUGCGCAUCUGCCGAGCCAUCCAGAUCAACCUCUAUCAAAAGACUCAACAGCAGGGCAAAGUGGGUCUCCCUCUGCCGUCCAGAACCAGCGGUGUGGCCGGUAUGUCCAAGGCCAGGGUGAAGACGCUGAAGAUGACGGUGGUUAUCGUGCUGGCUUAUAUUGUCUGCUGGACUCCCUUCUUCACGGUCCAGCUCUGGUCCGCCUGGGACACAAAUGCGCCGAAAGAAAAUGCGACUUUCACCAUCCUGAUGUUGCUGGCCAGUCUGAACAGCUGCGCGAAUCCUUGCAUUUACCUUCUGUUCAGUGGUCAAUUUCCUCAGAGGCUGGUGACACUUCUGUGUCACCGGCACCCCAACGGUAAGGACUCAAUCCGUGUAGAGGCGACGCUGGUCAGCACGUUGUACAUGAGCUUCAAAAAUCUGUCCGAGUCCAAAUGA